AUGAAGCUGGGCAAUUUUAUUUAUUAUACUUACAAGUAUUUGUUUUGCUGUGCUUUUCUGUUUUGCUAUGCUUUUCUUGUAUUUGAUUGUCUCUCAGACACGAACAGACGAAAAGUGGAGGAAAGAAGGUUCAAUUUAAACCUUCAGACGGCGACGAAUACCUCAGCUCACCAAGAUGUUAAUCUUUCUAAAAGAUGUUCAGGUUAUCAGCCAAGUGGCAGCUGCCUGAGAGGAGUUGCGGGCUACAGAUGCCCUGACCAUGACGGGAAGUGCAUGAGGUCUACACACAAGAAGAGCUGUGCAUUCCCUGAGUCCGGCGAGUGGUCUUCUGAAUCACAAAAAUGUAAGUGGUUCCGAAUAUUCUGGGGAAAGAAUAUCAUCAUUGUAGGAGAUAGUAUGAUGAGACAAACGUUUACAGCAUUAAUUGCUGUAUUUAGAGAUAAUUCGAUAAUAAUCGAUUACAACCUUUGGAAGUGUGGGUUUUAUACUUUGCAUUAUUCUACUUCUUCGACUGAAUCACAGCGAAAGAGACUAUUUGACACCCUACUUUUAACCGAAAUACUGAAAAAUGACAAAUAUUUAUGCAAAAAUAUCCCACAAGAAUUUCCUAUAAUUGAUGGUAUUUCAAUAUUAUAUCUCCCAGCAGCAACAUAUUUGCAGCAACACAGAGUUUUACAACAUGAAAUCAGCAGAAUGAAAUUGAAUGAGGAAAAGUCCAUUUUCUUGUUUUCUCAUCAAAUGCAUGAAUUGCUCAACAUAAAAUCUUUCGAGAGUAAUAUUAUUAAUUCUUUGCCAAGCAAGCUAUGUAUUGAAUUUGAAUCUUUUUUUGCAAGGACUAAAUUUGUCAAAGAAAAUUUAUUCAUUAUCGGCACGCCUUAUCAGCACAUUCCAACAAAACUGGCAGCCAAAAUAGCUAUGACACGGGACCUCGUUAUGAAAAAUUGGGCAGAACUUUUUGGUGCAAAUUAUAUAGACCAUGACAACAUAGCUAAAAAGAAGAAAAUUCAACCUCUGAAGCUAAACAAUUGGCAUCAUCAAUGCUAUCUAAAAAGAGAUAGAACAAAACAAAAGGUACUAGCUGUAUUCGGGAGGGCAAACAAUGCGAAAUGUAAUGAUUUAGUGAAUAGUGCUAUUUUGUAUGAAAUUACUAAAAAAAUAAUGGGAAGGGAAGUUUAG